CGUUCACCCAGUCAGUUCAGUUAUUGGAACCAUUACUGUUGGACAUUCUAAUACGCAUAUACCUUCAUUUUUUCAUUUCACCGAUCAAGGAAAAACAAAAUGAACACAACCACGGUUUUAAUUUUGGCGAUGUUCGUCUUCUCACAAUGGUCGACCACUGAUGCAGCGUCUACGUAUCCGACAGAAAAACCAAAGACACCGGUGAUAGCGCAUCUAUUGAGAAACGACUACGUCUCCGAUAGCAAYGGACAGUUUAGCCUCAACUACCAGGUGGAUGACGGGACAUCGCAGACCAGGCAAGGAACGUUAGUAUUGAACGACGAAGGAGACGAUUACGUUUUGAUUCAGAAAGGUUCAUAUUCGUACAUUUCUCCCGAAGGCAUCAAUGUUACGGUGACAUACACAGCCGACAAGGAAGGUUUCAAGAUUGUUGAAUCUAGCAACGACGUCCCAGCCAGAGUGUGACUGAAAAAUUCAUAGUCAUAUUAUGUCCAUAGUAUCAUUAUCAUAUUUUAGCAGGUUUAAUUCUCUCGUGCAAAUUGUAAAUUGUUCAUUAUUAUCUCAA